AUGAUUAACAAACCUUCAUUGAUUUCGAGCGGAGGAUUAAAAUUUAUUGUGAUGGAUGCACCUUCCGACGAAAAUGCUGAAAUUUAUGCUGAAGAGCUCGAGCAUUUAGGAGUGGUUCAUUUAGCUAGAACAUGUGAGGGGAUGUAUGAUGAUAGAGUUUUCGAAGAGAGAGGAAUUGAAAUCCAUGUAAGAACUAACUUCCCCCGUGAGCGAACAAACCAUUGGAAAAAUCUCGAUUUUUUACCCAAAAACCACCCUAAAAAUUUUUUAUGAAAAAUAUUUUGAUAUAUAAAUGAUAAUUAUUAUAAUGAAAUCUCUAGCUAAUUCUGCUAAAAUUUAAGCAAAUUGCAUUUUAAAGUAUAUAAAUUUUACUGUUCACUCAAUGAGGGGGUGAGUAAGUAGAAAUUGAAUUUUACUGAUGGAUCAGCUCCUCCUAAAGCAGUAAUCCUCAAGUGGCUCAGUUUGGUGAAGAACACAUUUUUUGAGAAUGGAAAAAUUAAGGUCACACAAGGAAAAUCGCCAUGCAUAGCCGUGCAUUGUCUGGCUGGGCUGGGAAGGGCUCCUGUGCUAGUGGCUAUCGCUCUGAUAGAAGCUGGCUUGGAUCCGAAUCACGCAGUGAGUCUGAUCAGAAAACAUAGGCAGGGAGCCCUGAAUUUUUACCAGAUAAAGUUUCUCAACUCUUACAAAAAAAUCGGAGUCUAUCGACCAUCCUGCUGUGUGCUUCUAUAA